UUCUCACACACGGAAGAGCGCGCUCCGGACUCAAUCAUGUAGUGACAGAAACAGCAGAUGUUGGAUCGCCUCAUCGCGUCGCGUUGAUCAGAUAAAAGAUGAUUGUGCUGAGUUUGAUCUGUGCUGCUCUUCUUCUGCAGUCCUCGGUUUGCACCGAGUCUCCAGAUGCUGACAGGACUGAUCAUGGAGACUUUGUGUAUUUUAAAGAUGCUCCGGACACAGUGCAGAACAACUCUAGUGUACACUUGCUGUAUAACUGCUCUGCCGCCUGUCGAGUCAGUGUGGAAAUUAUAAUCUCCUCGCCAUCGAGAGCAGGAGCGGUAGUAUUCAGAAGGACCUGGACUAACUCUAAAAAUGUUGGAAAGCCCAGAUCUAGAGAUUUCCCUCUGGUGUUUCCUCCAGCUCUGCUCUACCAGAGAGACUUUUUCAUCAGGCGUCCGCUGGAGGCCUGUGAUGUGCUUCUGAGGGCCCGUUUGCUCCAUUUGGCAGAACAGGAGCUUAUUGGAGACCAUGUUGAUGGAUCAAUUGUGAAAGCAUCUAGGUUUGUGAGGACUCUACCGCUUUCUGAACGUCCAGCAUGUCCACGCACAAGAUCAGUGUCAUGGGGAGCGUGGCUGAUGUGGCGGAUUACCAAAAACACUGUGAGGACAUGUCCAGUCGAGUCAGACACUGUGGAUAUCCUGACGUUUCCAUUCGCAAGUACCGGCGAGAGGUUUGGUGUCAUACACACAUUCUCCUCCUUCAAGAACGGAGAUCUGGAAUGGAGACGGACACUCGCUGUCAAACAGCCGAGGUCAGAGUUGUUGUGGAAAACCUUUAUUCACAUUUCUAACUACUGA